AUGCUAGAUUGUUGAUUUUAAAUUAAAAAAAAAAAUGUGCACACCCUGUCCCCGUCACUUUCCCGUGCGAAGGGUCGGUGUUAAUGUACCUGUCCUAAAGUUUUAAUCUUUGACUUUCAAAAUUGAAUCUUGUUCUAAAAAACUAAACUUUGUUUUUCACUCAAAAUAAGCCAUGGCAGUUUCUAGUGAUUCAGUGCUUCAAAAGGUCUUUGCAAAGAGCCCAACUUUUGAUUCGAGCAAAAAGGUUCUAGGAAAAGCAGUGGGUAUAUCUGGUGGGGUAAUUUCUUGCAAUGAAAGGAAGCUGAAAAGUGAAGACAAGAUCGCAGUAAAAGCAUCAGCAGAAGCUGGUUUAAAGGGAUUGAAGAGUUAUGAGGUGAACUUGGAUCUGGGGUUUGAUGUGGUGGCAGAGAGAGAGUUGAGAGAAAAAGGGUUCUUGGGGAUAAGGAAGACAAAGUUAGUGUGUACUAUAGGCCCUGCUUGUUGUUCUUUGGAGGAUUUGGAGAGAUUGGCUAUGGGAGGGAUGAAUGUGGCUAGGCUUAAUAUGUGUCAUAACACAAGAGAGUGGCACCGUGAUGUUAUUAGGAAAAUCAAGAAGUUGAAUGAGGAGAAAGGUUUUUUUGUUUCGGUUAUGAUUGAUACUGAAGGCAGUCUGAUUCAUGUAGUGGAUCAUGGAGCUCCUUCCUCUAUCAAAGCAGAGGAAGGUUCAGUUUGGGUUUUUACAGCUAAAAAAUUCGAGGGUUCUCGUCCAUUCACUGUGCAAGCCAACUACGAACGCUUCUCUGAAGGCAUCAUGGUGGGUGAUGAACUGGUUAUUGAUGGUGGAAUGGCGAAGUUUGAAGUCGUUGAAAGAAUGGGGAAUGAUUUGCGUUGCAAGUGCACGGAUCCUGGUCUAUUCCUUCCUCUAGCCAAGUUAAGCUUCUGGAGGGAUGGGAAGCUUUCCUAUCACGGUCUUCCAACUCUAUCAAUAAAGGAUUGGGCAGAUGUUGAUUUCGGAGUUUCUGAAGGUGUUGAUUUUAUUGCCAUGUCCUUUGUAAAUGAUGCCAAUUCUGUCAAGAAUCUGAAGAAUUAUCUCUCCGCCAAAUCAUCCAAAUUAAUAAGAGUACUGGCAAAGAUUGAGACCUUGGAGUCUCUUCAGAAAUUGGAAGAAAUUGUAGAGGCAUCUGAUGGAAUCAUGGUGGCUCGUGGUGACCUAGGAGUUGAAGUUCCACUUGAACAGAUUCCAACAGUCCAAGAGGAUGUAACUCGUUUAUGUAGGCAGCUGAACAAGCCAGUAAUUAUUGCUUCUCAACUUCUUGAAUCAAUGGUUGAAUGCCCAACUCCAACACGUGCUGAGGUGGCAGAUGUGUCUGAAGCAGUUCGACAGUAUGCAGAUGCACUGAUGCUGUCUGGUGAAUCAGCUAUUGGAUUACAUGGGCAGAAGGCUCUUUCUGUCUUGCAGAUGGUCAGCAGUCGAAUGGAACUAUGGAGUCAUGAGGAAAACCGACAGGGUGCUCUUCAUAACAGUCAGCUGGGCAAUACGUUGUCUGAUUGCAUUGCUGAAGAAAUAUGCAAUUGUGCUGUUCAAAUGGCUAACAACCUUGGUGUAGACGCUAUCUUUGUCUACACAAAGCAUGGUGAAAUGGCAUCACUUUUAUCUCGCAACCGGCCCUACCCUCCCAUAUUUGCGUUUACCAGUGACAAUAAUGCUCGGAUGGCUUUGAAUUUGCAGUGGGGAGUUAUCCCACUUCUUGUUGAUUUAUCAGAUGAUAUGGAAGCCAACAUCUCAAAAACCAUUGAUCUGAUAAGAACAAAGGGGAUGAUAAAAAAGGGAGAUGCUGUUCUGCUGGUCUCAGAUUUAACUCCAACACAUGCAACUUCAACGACUUUCCAAUCAAUCCAGGUGAAGACCAUUGUUUAGGAGAAUUACUCCUUUCUGAAUACUGUUUAGAACAUAAGUGAACACAAAGGCUUUAUUUUGAUCUUUUUUCUGCAAGAAAAAUAUGCUGUCAAGACUGAGUUCGGUAAUCGAAAAUAGACAAUACAAGAAAUCCACCAAGUGGUGUGAACUAUACAUUUAGCAUAUAAAUAGUUUUAUGGAAUUACUUGUUUGAUGGCAG